AUGAUGAGUGAACCUCCCUCCAUCUCCAUGUCUUUUCAUGUCACUUUAGGUUUUGGUGGCCCUUCCCUUCCUCCAUUCUGGAACAUGCUAUUGGAUUUGGACCUGGUUUAUUUUCUUUUUGCUUUUCGAUUUGGACGUGCAUUUUAUAAUGUGGGAGACACUGUUGGUUGGACUAGUGUUGGUGGUGUCGAUUACAACAAUUGGGCUGCUUCAAAGAACUUUCAACUCGGUGACUCUAUUGUAUUUAAUUACAACCCAAAAUUCCACAACGUGAAGCAAGUAGACAGCAAUGCCUACCAAGCCUGCGACGCAAGCCGUCCGAUCGCCAGCUUGGCCUCCGGCAACGACAAGUUCAUGCUGACGAAUCCCGGAACAUUCUUCUUCAUAUGUGGCGUCCCUGGACAUUGCUCUAACGGACUCAAGAUGGCUCUCAAUGUCAUAGGCUCAGCACCUCAAACCCGGCCUCAGACUCCUCCUCCUCCUCCAUCUACGUAUCAAACCCCGCCUCAGACUCCUCCUCCUCCUCCAUCUACGUAUCAAACCCCGCCUCAGACUCCUCCUCCUCCAUCUACCUAUCAAACUCCGCCGGAUUGUCCCCCUGGUGGGUCCCAAAGUCAUCCUGCUGGCAGCGGCGGGUCCCCAUUGCCUCCCGGCUUCCAAUAUCCGCCUGCAGCGUUCAAUUUAUAUCCCUUUGGAAAUCAGAUGAAUGCUGCCGCGGAGCUGCACUACUCCUCCUAUAAGCUUGCAUGUCUUUUUCUUGCUCUAAUUGCUCUUUAA